CCCUUGCGGCGCUCCGUCGUGAGGCCCGUUGCCGGGACAACGGACAGGCGGAAAACGGCCGGCGUUAGUGUCGCGCUGUUCAGCUGGGGCGCAGCCGAACUGUCCCCGGCCCGCUUGGGGCGUGCAGGAGCUCGGGUCACGGGACUCCCCGGGAACUGUAGGGACGCGGAAAAACAUGGCCCUCCCGACACUGCCCUCCCGCUGGUGCAGCCGGAGGCCCCUGGAUCAGCAGGCUGCCUGGCAGCGGCAGCGGGAGCAGGAGGCGCGGCUUCGGCAGCAGUGGGACCAGAACAGCCACUACUUCAGGACAUCCGACAUCCGCACCUCCAAACAGGCCGAAUGGAGCUCCAGUACCUCCUACCUGCGCAGCAUGCACGCCUACCAGCGAGAGAAGAUGAAGGAGGAGAAGAAGAGGAGUCUGGAAGCCCGCCGGGAGAGGCUCCGGCAGCUGAUGCUGGAGGAGCAGGACCUGCUGGCCCGAGAGCUGGAGGAGCUGCGGCUGAGCAUGAACCUGCGGGAAAACAGAAUCCGCGAGCGGCACGGGAACCUGAGGUCCGCCAGGGAAGAGCAGAGGAAGCUGAUGGCUGAACAACUCCUCUAUGAACAUUGGAAAAAGAACAACCCCAAACUUCGAGAGAUUGAGCUCGACCUUCACAGGAAACAUGUGGUAGACUCGUGGGAGAUACAGAAAGAAGAGAAAAAACAGCAAGAGGCCAGCAGAGAGCAAGAAAACAAACGGUGUGAAAAUGAGUACGAAACGGCCCGGAGGGAAGCGAUGGAGCGGAUGAAAGCAGAACAGGAGAGGAGGCAGCUGGAAGACAAACUCCAGGCUGAGGCGCUGCUCCAGCAGAUGGAGGAGCUGAAGCUGAAGGAGCUGGAGGCGAGCAAGCUGAAGAAGGAACAGGAGAACCUGCUGAAGCAGCGCUGGGAGCUGGAGAGGCUGGAGGAGGAGAGGAAGCAGAUGGCGGCCUUCCGGCAGAAGGCAGAGCUGGGGCGCUUUCUGCGGCAUCAGUACAACGCCCAGCUCAAUAGGCGCGCCCAGCAGAUCCAGGAGGAACUGGAGGCAGACAAGCAGAUCCUGCAGGCGCUCCUGGAGAAGGAGGAUGAGGACCAGCGUGUGCAGCUGGCCAGGCGCGAGCAGGCCAUGGCCGACGUGGCCUGGAUGAAGCAGGUCAUCGAGGAACAGCUGCAGCUAGAGAGAGCGCGGGAGGCAGAGCUGCAGAUGUUGCUGAGGGAGGAGGCCAAGGAGAUGUGGGAAAAGAGAGAGGCCCAGUGGGCUCGAGAGCGCAGCGCACGUGACAGGCUCAUGAGUGAGGUCCUAGCGGGGAGACAACAGCAAAUACAAGAAAAGAUUGAACAAAACCGACGUGCACAAGAGGAAUCCUUGAAACACAGGGAGCAGCUCAUUCGCAGUCUCGAGGAGGCCAGAGAGUCAGCCCGCCGUGAACAGGAACAGAGCAAAGAACUGAAGUCGGUCAGGAAGCAGGAGCUGGAAGCCCAGGUGGCAGAGCGCCAGCUGCGGGCGUGGGAAGCCAACCAGCAGGAGGAGGAGGAGGAAGAGGAGGCCAGGCAGGCAGAGCAGCUCUGUGACACCUUACUGCGGCAGGAGGCCAAGAUGAUGGCCGAGCAUGGCUACCGGCCCAAGCCUCACGGACAUCCCAGAAUUGCUUGGGACUGACGUGGUUGGUACCAGAUGCUCAGAGACGCACAAGGAUCCUGAAGACCUCAAAACAAAGGCGCUGGGCAGGUGGCCCGGGUGCUGUCAUCAUCGGGCUCGGCCCUGCCUGUGCACGGGGCAGUCAGUGUUGGCCGCAUCAGGGUCGCAGCAAACAUGGGACAUGG